CAAUCUCGGCUGGGACCCUGACGAUUACGCGCCCACUCAUAAUAGCACAGCCUAGCCUGCCUGGGCCUAGUGGUGCAUGGGCCGAGAGGGACGGGAUCCCAUUCUAACCCAAGGAGGCUAGCGUGGAUCAAGGUGGCACGGGGGAGUGAGACCUGUUUCGAGUAAGGCGUCACAAGACGGACGGCAAGUUCUCCGUCGACAUUCCACAGGCUGGCGGCUUUCUCUUUCGCGCUCGCUGAUGGGCCCGGACGGCGUCUGUCCUGCCACCUUGAAGCCGUGUCGACGAUCCAUACCGAUCGUCGCUAUUUUCCUUUCUUCUUUUCCUUCUCGGUUGUUUACCCUUUCAUACCCCCAUUCCAUUUACAGCGUCCCCCCCUCCCUUGAUACCACCACUCACUGAACAACACAUCAUGGCCACCUACCACGACACCGAAAGCCUCGAAUACUCCUCCGACACCUCCGACGAUGGCCGUUUCUCGCCUCACCCCUCCAGCCGAGUCAAACGCUACGCCCGGCCCUUAAUCGACUAUGUUCGCAAUGACUGGCAAUUCAGCAACAAAUACACCCAUGCCCCCGCCGACGAACCCUCCGACCCCGCCAAAUGCCUGCAGCUGGUCAUGUCCAUCAUCACGGCCCCGCGCUUCCGCCGCUAUGUCGUCGUGUACCUGAUGCUCGUGAUUACAUGUACGGUGGGGUGGGUGUAUUUCCUCUCUCCGCGGCUGGAGGAACAUGCGGAGUUGCUGCGGGCCCUGGACCCUGAGGUGAAGGAGGAGGUUGGUGGGUGGUUCGGAACGAAUGCGUUACCGAGUUUUGAUAAUAUCGUUCAAUUGGGGAGAUUAGACGAGGGGUUGAUCCCCACGGGAGAGAAGCGCUUGAUUGUCAUGGGAGAUGUGCAGGGGUGUAAGACUGAGUUGGACCGCCUCCUCGAAGAACUUACCUUCAAUCCAACCCACGACCACCUCAUCUUCACCGGAAACAUGAUCAGUCGAGGACCUGAGAGCACUGACGUCGUCGAUCUCGCCCGCAAGUACUCCGCCUCUUGUGUUCGCGGAAACGACGAAGACCGCGUCCUGGUUCUCCGUCAUGACAUGGUCGAAGCUGGGACGCUAACCGACACCUCCACCGACGAGUAUCUCGAUGGCCAGUCCUCGGAACAAGCGAAGCGGGAGCGCGAUCUGGCGCGUGCAUUGACAGACGACCAGGCAGAGUGGCUGGACGCAUGCCCGGUGAUUCUGGAUUUAGGCCAGGUUCCUAAUCUGGGCCGGGUUGCAGUGGUACACGGCGGACUGGUUCCGGGCGUGGAGCUGGAGAAGCAGGAUCCGUAUGGCGUGAUGAAUAUGCUGAGUAUUGAUUUGGAGACCCAUUUGCCUAGUUCAGAGCGCGAUGGGAUUAGAUGGACUAAACUCUUCAACAAACACCAAUCAACCACCUACACGACCUACUCAGGUCUAAAGAACGCCGAUAUCGACGAAGCCAAAUCCCGCACCACGACCGUCAUCUACGGUCACGACUCGGAAAAAUCCCUCGAUAUCACUACCUACACCAAAGGUAUCGAUACCGGGUGCGUCCGGGGCGGCGAAUUGACCGCCCUGGUUCUGAGCGAUAACGGGAAGGAGAAUCUCAUCCAGGUCAGGUGUAAUAACUACCUUGGGUGAUCUUCCUCUCUCCUCCGUAUUUGUUUAUUACCUGGUAUAUACUAGACUUGCGAUACAUUACUUUUUCGGUCUAUCGCUACGCUACCUUGCAUCUCCGUCCCCGUCUCUCUGCUGGUUUGAAGAGACGGGACAGGACUGUAUCAUUGUUCGUUUUGCUGGAUUUCGGGGAUCUUUUUUAUUUAUCUUGCAUUUGGGAAAUGGAGUUGGGACUGGAGUUCGGUUGGGUUUGUUUUCACAUUGGACUGGACUGGACUGGACUGGACUGAAUGGGUUGUUGAAAAUGUGAUCAUGUGUCUCAUCUAGAUAGGUGAGUAUUUCUGCCUGAGGUAUACUAUAUCUAUAUCGGUUUUACCGAGGUUGGAAGUAGUGGUCCAGGUUCAGUAUUCUCGGUUGUUGUGUACGAUAGAUAAAGAAUGGGUAUAUUAACGGUUCCAUCCAAUGCUAGUAAUAUGGUAUAGUAUAGUAUGUGUGAUAUA